UUUCUCGUCGUCACUGGAUGAGAAAUAUUGCUCUAGUAGGCCUUCCUCCGCCUCCCAUUCCUCACAACGCCCAAACCGCCCAAAACCUACAACUUGCGGACUGUCUCAGUCGUCUUGGACACUCGCAAUACACAACAUGGGCACCAAUGUGGACCUCAUCCAGCCACUGCUCCAUUUCGCCAUCGACGUCUACAAACAAGUGCAGAGCCCCGACACCUUCUUUUCGCCCUUGAGUAUCGCAGCUGCACUGUCCAUGACCCUACCGGGAACACGAGGCAAUACAGCCAAGGAGAUCGCCACUGCUCUGCACAUAAAAGAAGACGUUCACGAGGCUUUCUCGCAACUUCAGAAAUCCUUGCAGGAUUGUGCGUGCGAACUUAACAUCGCAAACCGCAUCUACAGUGAUCGAAGGUUGAACCCGCUGCGUGCAUUUUGCGCUUUGCUACAGGAGUAUUACUCUACUACUAUAGAAACUGUGGACUUUUGUGACGAUGCCGUGCGCCAGAAGAUCAAUGCCUGGGUCGAACAGGUCACUAACGAUAAGAUCAAAGACCUUUUGGCUCCAGGAACCGUGGAUCAGCUCACCCUACUUGUUCUAGUGAACGCCGUAUAUUUUAAAGGUACCUGGCAAACGAGGUUCGAAGAACAUGCAACCAGCCUGAUGGAUUUUUAUGAAACAUCUUCCACUGCAAAGAAAGUGGACAUGAUGUUUCAGAAGGGAAACUUUAGGAUGGGAUAUAACGAGGAACUGAAGGUGACCACUCUAGAACUACCCUACAGCGGAGACGAGGCUUCUAUGGUCAUUCUGUUGCCGGAUGAGAUCGAUGGCUUGAAAUUCGUCCAAGAACAUCUGACAGUCGAAAAUCUGACGUCCGCAUUACACGAUAUGAGAAUGGAACGAGACGUGGAAGUGUUUUUGCCUAAAUUUAAGGUAGAGCAGACAAUGGAGCUGAAGAAGGUACUGAGGGACUUGGGUGUCAAAGACAUGUUCGAUGAUUCGGCAGAUCUGACGGGAAUUACUGAGCGGAGGGAUGUAAAGUUCUCUCACGCUGUGCACAAGGCGUAUGUUGACGUCAACGAAGAAGGCACGGAGGCCGCUGCGGCAACGGCUAUGGUGAUGGUUUGCCGCAUGGCGGCUGUGUUCGUUGAACCGAAAGUUUUCAAAGUGGAUCAUCCUUUCAUGUUUUGCAUUUUGGCCCGAGAUGUGGUCCUCUUCUUUGGUUCCUUGAGCCACCCGGUCUAUAGGUGACAGUCAUAUGACGGCAAAUAAUCGAUAAUAUUGCAAAUCGAUGAGGCGUCCGAUAGUCGUUUGGCUUGUAGGUGUCAACCAUUUCAAGUGAGAGAAACUGUUUCCUAGACGCCAGAGUGAGCGCCUUCAUUUCUGAGUAUAUGUGUCUGUUUUGUUGCCCUAAAACUGGAGGAAAAUAGAAACUGCAUGAACAAAGCAUAUUUUGUUACUAUUAGCCACGCAGAGAUGCCUGGCCGAGCUCGUGGUAACAUUGCUUGGGAAAGCUAGAGACUGACUUUAACAGGUGCAAAUAAAUAUGCUGAUUCAAUUA